AAAAGGUUUUUCAAACAGUUCUCUGAUUGGUCUGCGUUACGUGGUCUGCGUAGUGACGCAUACGGAAAAAGGACGCACAACAAUUCUAGCAUAUGGCUGGGACAGCUGACUUUCCAAGAAUUUCUCUGAAGCCAGAAGUUACUGAGUAUCUGAGGAGUAUCUUCCUAAACAAGGAGAUGCUGGCUGCUGUAGGUCACCAAGAAGCAGAGUGUCGUUUCCAGAAGCUGCUCACAUGUUUGUCCCACCCACCUUCAUACACAUGUGUCCGAGCCAGCACACAUCUGGUUCCUCUGGAGGAGAUCCAACGCAAGCUACACGAGGAGCUGAAGCAGCAGACAAGAGAGGUAGCGUCUGUGCAGAUUGUUCCCCACCCAAGAAUUGCAGAUGUGCUGCUUCUUCCUGUUGAUGGGCCGAGACCCGUGGAGCAGCUCAGCUCAGAGGUAGUGGUUGGCGCUCAGUGUGGCAGCGCCUUACUCAGAGGAGCUCACGUCUUUGCUCCCGGGAUCAUCGCCUGCCCCAAGUACAUGAAGGUGGGGGACAAAGUCUCUGUCUUCUCCGAUUUGGAGGGAAGGUGCACACGAGGAGCCACAAGCUUCCAGGGGAACAAGGUGUUUGUGGGAAAUGGAGUUGCUGAAAUGAAUCGCUCACACAUCUUCUGCUCGGAUAAACCUCUCAGAGGUGUCGGUGUUCGGAUGGUGGACCCUCUUUACCAGAGUCCCCCUUUCGACGGCGUCUUGCCCAGCCUGGUCUUCUUACAGAACCUCCCCUCUGUGGUUGUGGGACACGUGCUCGGACCUCAACCCGGAGAACGGAUCCUGGAUAUGUGCGCUGCGCCUGGAGGGAAGACCUGCCACAUCGCUGCUCUCAUGAGGGAUCAGGGAGAAGUCGUGGCCUUGGAUCGAAUCCGAAACAAAGUUGAGCGGAUUCGUCAGAACGCACAAACGUUGCAUUUGCAAAGUAUCAAAGCGUUUUGUUUCAACAGCGUUGAUGCUGUGAGCGAUGACCCGCCACAGCAAACCGAAGGACCUCCUUUUCCUCCGGAGAGUUUCGACCGGGUUCUGCUGGACGCUCCCUGCAGUGGACUGGGUCAGAGACCCAACAUGGCCUGCUCCUGGAGCCUCAAGGAGAUCCGUUCCUACCAGCCGCUGCAGCGCAAGCUGUUCCAUGCUGCGGUGCGAUUGUUGAAGCGCGGUGGCGUUUUGGUGUACAGCACCUGCACAGUUACUCUAGCAGAGAAUGAGGAGCAGGUAGCCUGGGCUCUCAGUACCUUCCCCUGCCUCACGCUGGAGCCUCAGGAGCCUCACAUCGGUGCCGAGGGCAUGCUGGGAGCCGGUCUGUCGCCUGAGCAGCUUCGUCUCCUCCAGAGGUUCAGACCUGAGCUGAGCUGGGACCAGACUGAGACGAAGGUCCCACUCAUCAGCAGAGUAGACGGGGACACGAUUGGCUUCUUCAUCGCUAAGUUCCUGAAGAACUGACUAAGUCGAGACUACGAGUGCAGAGUUGACAUUAAAACGCUCAGUGUUAUCAAUGAGCUCGGUCCCCUUUACAGCGUCUGCCUCCUAACAGCUGCAGGCCACAUACGAGUGAGGGAGAGUCUAGCGGGGGUCUCCAUAACAACCGUGAUGACACAGCUGCCAUGGUGACGGUGGAUUCUCUGGAUCUGGGAAUGGAGAUCAGGAAGUAGCAUGCAGAAAGAGGUCAGAGGAGAAAUUAACAAUUUAGUGUUUGGUAGAAACGACCAGGUCGAGUGGCUCUGGUGUCGGGAUCAGAGCGAGCUCUUAAAGGCUCACCUGUUAGUGUUUUAUAUAUGAAAUAAAAGUUAGUUUUUAUUUAAAAAAAACUUUUUCACAUUUUAAUUUAAUCAACUUUUUAAGGUCAUCUCUAUUUUUUUUAAAGAGAGUUAAAUUAGAGGUGGAAUAGAACCAGCAACCCUCUACCAGUAAGCCACGAAUAUGAAUAAAAAUAUUUUGUAAACUUCAUCUUUAAGAAGAAAAGGUCAGAAUUUGGUCGCUACAAUAGUAACUAAAUUUGUCUAAUCUUACAUAAAACUGCAGGAAGAUUUCAACAAAAUUUCAAAAACUCAGAAAACUACAACUUCUGCUCCAUCGCUGGGAGGAAACCCGAUUGUCUGUUUUGGUGGCAGCUCCUUGUGAGGAUCUCUAUUUUUUGACGCAUCCCCCUCCGUGUUGUCAUUGAUGUCGGUGUUGUCAUGACGACUCAGGGCGCAGGCUGGCGAGUCUACCUUAAUUUUUCAGCAGUUUCUCGCGACUAUUUUUAGACGUGUGCGAGUCUUCUGAUGAAGCACAUCAACAUCCUCUCCAGCUGCUCCGGUUUCUCUGUUUACAGCUUAAAAUCUGUCCAGUUCUAAAGAUAAGCUUCAUCAGUCGGAGUUAGCAGGUGGAAGCUCUUCACAUGUUCUAAAGGAUCCAGGUGGAGGACUUUGGAUGAAAAGAAACGUCAUCUGGCAGAAACUCCAAACAGUUAUUUUAGAAAUGAAUAAUUUUAAUUUAAAGUGUACUGAACAAACUGUCUCGUAAUGAACAUUCAAUGUACUGUAAGAAGUGGGAGUUCAGGUGGGACUUAAACAGCAAUUAUUAGAAAAUGGGUCAGACUUGAUAAAAGAUGAACCAGAACGGAGGAAUUCUCCAAGAGCUGAGCUGUCGUUUCAAAUCAGAAGAAAAAGUACAGAAGAAGUUUCAGUGCUCUAAAUGUUCCUGGACCCACACGAAAAACAGUUGAGCUCGUUUUUCCAGUAAGGCAAGACCAAAGGUGGUGGAAAAAUGUCAAAACUAAAGGUUAGAAUUUAAAAAUUAAAGCUGAACGUUAAAUUAAAGGUAAAGUUUGACAGUUUGGGAGAAAUGCUUCCCUGCUCUUCCUAAAUGUGUUUUUCAGUGUAACAAUUGUAAGUAUUAUUACUCUUAAAGCUGGGGUACAUAGUUUCAAAGCCACUUAAAGGUGCAGUAUGUAAGAAUAUAGUGAGAAUUUUACAGUGAGAAAAUCGCAAAAGAGUCUAAUGUUUCAGUCUUUUUGGAGGGAAGGUUAUACUGAAACGUGUUUCAUAUCCAGCUGGCUGUGAGAUUGUCAGUUUUUCUCCUUUCAAAACAAAGGAAGGAGGGACAUAACUGCCGUUUACCGUCAGUGACUGUGGGGGUGUGGUGUCUCCUGCGAGCUAAUACUGCAGCGCCCAAAAUUGUAAUUUGACAACGAGCGGCAAAAAUCUCCACAGUUGUUUAAAGUGGCUGCAGUAACCAAAUUUUACCACAGGAUGUCAUUUUUACUUAAUCUCUACAUAAUGCACCUUUAAAAAUGCUUUAAUUUGACUAUCUGACCCUGUUCUAUAAUAAAAGUAAAUAAUCUUUCAUUGUUUACAUUUCCCCAAAAGCCGCCUUUCCACCGCACAUGAAAGCGCCACAAAACGGUCACGAAACAUGCAUCAUGGCAAUUAGUCGCCAUUAUAGUGGACAGGCUCCAUUCCAUCGGCAGCAAAGUCUAAUGUUUUGGACGCGUCCCAGAAGAUUUGGGGUGCUAUCAUUACGUUUCGACUCUAUUUUUACGAUCUACGCUUCCAAAACUUGUCAAACUCUGCAGUUCCGAUCAGGUCAAACAGGAAGUGUAAAACAUCCGGAAACUUUCAAAAUAAAAAUCUGCUGAUAAACGUACAUAAUUUUCUGUUAAAACCCCGUAGCCGAUGUAAACAGAACAGAAAAUAGGCCACAGACGUUUUUAGAUACAUGCAGCUAUCUUUCUUCUUGCUUGUAACUUCCAAAAUCACGUGUGAUCUUUCAAUUCUCCUGUGGUUUUGUGACCUCAGGGGAUCAGCUGAGUGGAACGCUUUUGCUCUUAUUUAGUGUCUCCUGGUUGGAAGGGAGCUGUCGGGUAAAACUCCGUCAUUUUGUAACACGUCACUUUCACAUCUAAUGGAAAGAGGCUCACAGGAGCCUAGAGCGCUGACCAAAAUAUUUGCGUAUCCUCAACAGGGAGCUGUCAAUCAACCAGAAUGUGCCCCAGUACCCAGCGUGCACUAGGGUUAGCUUAGCACACCUACCUAGCUUGAAUGCUAAAUCAACUUGCAUUGAAUUAAUGUCACACCUCAUUCACACCAGCUGCAGAUAUGAAUGCAGAGUUCUAGAAAGUUCUCGCAUUUAGUCAUGAAGUAAAAAAAAAAAUGACAUGAGCCAGACAGGAAGC